GAGGGCGCGCCGUCUCACACGUCUGGCUGGAGACAAAGAUGGCGGUGCGGAAGAAAGACGGCGGGCCGAAUGUGAAAUAUUUCGAAGCCUCUGAUACCGUGUCUCAGUUCGACAAUGUCCGCGUGUGGCUCGGGAAGAAUUAUAAAAAGUAUAUCCAGGCGGAGCCUCCCACUAAUAAAUCUCUGUCCAGUUUGGUGGUUCAGCUGCUGCAGUUUCAGGAGGAAGUUUUCGGACGACACGUCAGCAAUCCUCCUCUCACCAAACUACCGAUGAAGAGUUUUGUGGACUUUAAGGCGGGAGGAGCGCUGUGUCACAUUCUUGCUGCUGCUUACAAGUUCAAAAGUGACCAAGGAUGGAGGAGGUUCGAUUUCCAGAAUCCUUCUAGAAUGGACCGGAACGUGGAGAUGUUUAUGACCAUAGAGAAGUCUCUGGUACAGAAUAACUGUCUGACUCGGCCGGUGAUCUACCUGAGCUCAGAGAUCGAACCCAAACUUCUGGGAAAACUGAAGGAUAUCAUUAAAAGACACCAGGGCUCAGUAACUGAUGAUAAACAGGCCAGUUCUCAUGUGGUGGUUCCGAUUCCCGCCAGUCUGGAGGAGGAGGAGUGGGUCCGACCUGUGAUGAAGAGAGAUAAACAGAUGCUGCUGCACUGGGGUUACUGGCCUGACAGUUACGAUACCUGGAUCUCAGCCAGUGAAGUGGAGGCGGUAGUGGAGGAUCCACCCAGCGCAGAGAAACCCAGAAAGGUUCAUGCUAAGUGGAUCCUGGAUCUGGAUCAGUAUAACGAGUGGAUGAAUGAGGAAGACUACGAGGUGGGUGAAGGAGGCACGAGGAGGAAAAGGAUCUCAGCUAAGACUCUGACGGAUGAAGUGAGCGCUCCAGAUGAGAGGAGAGAUAAAAAACCCGCCAACGCCAAGAAACGCAAACGCUCCCCCUCUCCAUCCCCGACUCCGCCCCCUCAGGAGAGCAAGAAGAAGAACACCAAGAAAGGGCCCACUACCCCUUACAAUAAGUCGAAGCGAGGUCAGAGGGAGGAGGAGCAGGAGGACUUGACCAAAGACCUGGACGAGCCGUCACCUGUACCUGCAGCAGAGGAGUCCCUCAAUAAAACAGUGACUAAAAAGGACUCAGACUCGACUCCGGUGAAGGGGGGGACUGAUGGAGAUGAACAGGAGGAUGAGGCGAUGGAGACGGUGGGAAAGGAGGAGGAUGAAGGUUCUGCCAGUGUGAAGGGAGAACCGGUGAAAGGUUCUGAUCUGCAUGAGGAUAACGUGACUGAACAGACGCACCACAUCAUCAUUCCCAGCUACGCUGCCUGGUUCGACUACAACAGUGUUCAUGCUAUUGAGCGUAGAGCUCUGCCCGAGUUCUUCAAUGGAAAGAACAAAUCUAAGACCCCUGAGAUUUAUCUUGCCUACAGGAACUUUAUGAUAGAUACAUAUCGGCUGAACCCACAGGAGUAUUUGACCUCUACAGCUUGCCGUAGAAACCUGGCAGGAGAUGUUUGUGCCAUCAUGAGGGUCCAUGCAUUUCUGGAACAGUGGGGUUUGAUUAAUUAUCAGGUGGAUUCUGAGAGCCGUCCCACCCCCAUGGGGCCACCACCCACAUCUCACUUCCACGUCCUGGCAGACACGCCAUCCAGUCUCGUACCCCUGCAGCCGAAAGCCUCUCAGACGCCGUCCUCACAGCCGAUACUGUCGUUCCCGGACAAAGUGAAGGAAAAAACGACGGAUCUGCAGAACUUUGGGCUGAGGACGGACAUGUACAGCAAGAAGAGCGGCCCGUCUAAGGGUAAAAACGCUGCCAGUGCAACACGGGAGUGGACUGAACAGGAAACUUUGUUACUGUUGGAGGGUUUGGAGAUGUAUAAGGAUGACUGGAACAAGGUGUCGGAGCACGUGGGCAGCCGGACGCAGGACGAGUGUAUCCUGCACUUCCUGCGGUUGCCCAUCGAGGACCCGUACUUGGAGGAGGGAGCGACGGCUCUGGGUCCGCUGGUGUAUCAGCCCGUCCCCUUCAGUCAGGCCGGGAACCCGGUCAUGAGCACCGUGGCCUUCCUGGCUUCCGUGGUCGACCCGCGCGUGGCCUCGGCUGCAGCCAAGUCUGCUCUAGAGGAGUUCUCCCGUAUGAAGGAGGAGGUACCAGCGGCUUUGGUGGAGGCUCACGUGCGGCGUGUGGAGGAAGCGGCCCGGGUGAGCGGCAGACCAGAUCCACUGUACGGCUUGGAGGGCAGCGGCAUCGCCGGAACCGGCCUGGAGGACAGUGAUAAGCCUGAGGAGAGCAGUGACGAAAGCAAGAGCAGUGACGCUCAGAACACAGAGGACAAGAGAGACAACAGCAAGGAGAGUAAAGAUGGAGUGAGUGAGGAGGAGGAGAAGCAGGGUGAGAACGGGAAGAAAGAAGAAGAAGGAGGUAAAGAAGGAGAGACAGAACGAGAAGCAGAGAAGACAGACUCGGACACAGGUGAUGUAGAGAAGGAGAAAGAAGGAAAAGAGGGAUCAGAGGAUGGACAAAGGGAAGGAGAGAGUGAUGGAGAGAGGAAAGCGAAGGUGGAGAGAGAUGUUGGUGAGGGGAAUCUGGCCACUGCAGCUGCCUCUGCGCUCGCUGCUGCUGCUGUUAAAGCCAAGCACCUGGCUGCGGUGGAGGAGAGGAAGAUCAAGUCUCUAGUGGCUCUGCUGGUGGAGACUCAGAUGAAGAAGCUGGAGAUCAAACUGAGGCACUUUGAGGAGCUGGAGACCAUCAUGGACCGAGAGAGAGAGGCGUUGGAGUAUCAGAGGCAGCAGCUCCUGGCUGAUCGUCAGGCGUUCCACAUGGAGCAGUUGAAGUAUGCGGAGAUGAGAGCGCGCCAGCAGCACUUCCAGCAGAUACAACACCAGCACCAUAGCAACCAACCCGGCAACCAGCCCGGCAACACCCCGCCCAUCCCCCACCAAUCGGCUCCUAACGUCAACGCCCCGCCUCCUGCACCCAGCCUCACCCCGGCUGCCGCCAACACCCCCAGUGAAGCUCCGCCCACUUCUACAUCUCAUGGCUCCUCCCCCAACAACAUACAGCCUGGAGCCGUGCACGACUCCGGCACUGCACUAACAGGAGAUUCCCUUAAUCCCUCCGGCCCAGUCACCCCUGCACAGUGAACACACACACACACACACACACACACACACACACACACAAGGUUUGAGGGGUUGAAUGAGAAGGAUGAUGAAGAUCUGUUUUUGGGAGACUUUUAAUCUUUUAAACAUUUCACUUUAAACUGUUCAGACCACAAAUCCGACUUCAACACAUUAACUAUAUACUCUAUACUCUAUAUGAUGAAAACAGUGUUAAGUGUGGGUUUGUGUGUGAUUUAUGGUCCAGUGUUUUACCUGCAGAACCCUGGAGAUGUUUCACCACCUCACUGUAGCUACUUCAGCUUCUCACAGAAUAAAUAAAAAUAAGCUGCACUUUUAAAAACUUUUCCGAGACCAGAAGGAUGAAGUCCGAUUUGAACCUGAAGCACUUAUAAACAUUAUUUUACUAAAAGUCUCCUGGGGUUUUGUACUGAUUGAAUGAAGGCGCUUAAUUAGGACCGAAUCUUUGUGAAGGUGUUUGUGGACCAGGUGAGAGCUUUAGGUUUUUAGACGCUCCAUCUGUUGGGAUUCAUUUGAAUUUUUUUUAUAUGCUUUGUUUUGAAUAUUUUUAUGUAGGAAUAUCUGUUAGCAUGAUUAAUAACUGAGGGACAGAACAGUGUUAAAGCCUGAAACUUCUCUUCAUCCACUGUAAAUAAACAUCAUGUACUGUAAAACUGUUCCACUUCCUCUUCAUCACUUCCUCUUUACUUCCUCUUUACUUCUUCACUUCCCUUCAUCACGUCCUCUUUAUUUCAUCACUUCCUCUUUACUUCCUCUAAACCUCCUUUUCACUUUGUCUUUCAUCCUGGUUUCACACACCCUCCAUAUCUGUAAGUGUUUAUAGGCAGGUGUUUAGUGUGUGUGUGUGUGUGUGUGUGUGUGUUCGUUCACACAGCACACAAAUCUGAUUCAUUUCCUAAACGCCAGUUCCCAGAUUACACCACUGACUGCAUCUCAUUUAUUCAUUCCCACCGCAGAGCCACAUCCGUUGCUAUAGUGACAACAGAAGCAUGGUUGCUAUAGUGACACUAAAGGCGUGGUAGAGGCAUGUGUAAAUACAGAAAGCAACCAGAAGGUCCACCUCUCUGCUGGUUCACUGCCUAGACUCCACCCCUUUAUGCUGAUGUUUGUAGAUGUCCACAGAUGGAAAUGUGGGCGUGUCUUUGAGUCCAUUUAUGGAAGUGUUAAAACACGGGCAGUUAGAAGGACGUCGUUGGUGGUUUUGGUUUCUGGUGACAAGAUAUUUCAAAAUACACCUAACAGGAGCUGAGUUAACAUCACAACGCCAGAUAGCUAACAUAAGAUAUAUAAAUAUAUACAUUUCCUCAUUUGUAAGUCGCUUUGGAUAAAAGCAUCUGCUAAAUGAAUAAAUGCAAAUAUAUUAGAGAUGCACCGAUACUAAAUCUCUCAGCCGAUAACCGAUAAGCGAUUAUUCAGAGUGAUAUCGGCCCAUACCGAUAACCGAUACCGAUAGUUCUGCCUUUUAUGCCUUCUUUUAAAUUAAUAAUAAUUAAUCCCACAAUUCUGAAGGAAAACUUUAUUCUCUCCAUUUCAACACGUUUCACAGUAACUGGUCUCAUAAACAGAAAACACAUUAAUUAACAUUAAUACAUGAACUCAAUUCUGAAGAUUAAAGUAAGAUUAUUAACUUAUUGAAUGUUAUUAAUUCAUAUUAACAUUGACUGAAUUGUAAAAAUCCUCCUGUUAGUCUCACAUUCACUCUCCACACACACAAGCAUUUCUACUUCAUCACUGAACAUCAAACUGGUGAUAAAUAGGCCUAAUAUAAACCUUUUUAAUGAUGAUAUUAACUCAUUAACAUUAACUGCAUAUAAAUAUACUACUCAACAUGUAUAUUUUUCUGUGCAAUAUAUACUUUUUUGUCAACUCAGCUUCAUUUAAAUCUUUGAAUGGUGUACUGGCCCUUAAAUUCAGCGUGACCAGAGCCGGGGGGGUUGAUUAGACUCAACGCCGCUUCACUGCUGCUCACUUCUGGUGUAAAAUUUUACAAACCGCAUAGCGCAAAAUCCUUGUGUUUUCCCGCCCUCUUUUGAUUGAUAGGAUUUAAUCCACCCUAAACAUCUGAUGUUUUUAAACUAUCGGCCGAUAGCGUGAACAGUAGCUUUUAUUGGCAAAUACCGAUUAUCAGCCAAUACAUCGGUGCAUUUCUAAAAUAUAUAUAAAUAUAUUUGGACUUAAAGACACACCCACCUGUAUCACUUAGUCACGCCCACACAGAAAGUCUCCUGCUCCAAUCAGAUUUGUAGAUUGUGUGAAUUUGUAGUUUGAGUUCUCUUCCAGUGUUAAAAUAUCUGAUUAAUACAAAAAUAGAAAGAAAAAACAUUAAACACUCUGUCUGUGUGUGUGUGUGUGUGUGUGUGUACAUGAAGUAUGAAGUUAAAUGAAGGAAUGUGAGUACCUGAGCAGUAAAAUGAGGGACGGUGAAGUUACACCUGCGCUCGAGUGAUUGUGUAUCUUCAUAUUUUUGUAUUUUUAUAUUUUAUCAUGAACAGUUUUGCUGCAUUAUUUUACAAUUAUAACGUUUGUGUCGCUGAUUUUUCCGUGUGAAAGUGUCGUGUUACACUCUGACACCGAACGUGUGUGUGUGUGAGAAUUACUUUAAUUUUAUUUGUGUUUAUGUCGUGCGUCUCAGACUCACACAUUACAAUAGUAAUGCAGUUUACAUGCAUGCAACACACACACGUUUUAUCAUUUCCGUUGUGAGACACUAGUGAUUUAUGAAGCAGUAUAUGUGUGUGUGUGUUUGGUGUUUUUCUAUUUGGGAUGUUUGUGUUGAACAGUUGUGUGUUGGACGUCGGUUCUUUGGUGAUCUGCUCAGCUGUUGAUCAACAGACCGGUUUAGAAAGAUUUACACUUUAAUUUCACAAAUACAUUCAUACAUCUUGAACAAUAAAUUGUCAUCAAUGA